CGUCAACGAGAAGCUACAAUUUCAAUUAAGACACUCGUAUGAUUAUUCAUAAACCGUGCAAUUUGUUAGCUAGCUACCUCCAUCUAUAAACACAAAACAGCUGCACGCAAUUUCCUAUAAAAGCCCAGUGGUGGACGAUUGGUCGCAUCAUUGCAAUUUGCCAGCCAAUACAGAGCGCUACUCUGCCUUCGUUUAUAAGUAUUAAUUGUGUUUGUGUUGUGAUAAGAAAAUCGUUCUUAUCAGCAGCCUGCAUACAACGUCUCAAAUCGCUUUACACUGCUGCCUCCUCAGUUUUGAAACACUUGCUGCCCGAUACAGUUGUGCCAAACAUUGUGCCGCCCGUCGCCUGCUUGGAAACAUCAUUGUAUCAAUCCACAACUUCAAAUCUAGCUCAUCAGCACAAUGGACAAACUUGUUCCUUGCUCCGUCCGACUCUCGAAGAUCGCACAGAAGUCGGGCUGCGAUGUACUCUGCGUCAUUGAUCGCAAAGUGCCCGCCGAGCUGGCUGCACAAUUCAAUGAGUUGCGCUCCUUCGAUAAGGGGUUUGAUAGCUCAGUUUCGUGCUUCAAGUCCGAGAAACUCGAUAUCCCCGUAGUUUAUGCGCCAGUUCCGGAGUUGACGGACUACGACGAUGUGCGUAGCUAUCAGAAAGCAGCAAGGGAGUCCCUAAAGCGUGCUAUUAAGGGCGGCUUUAAGUCUCCGUUGUUAGUGGUGCCGAACAAUUCGCGUUUUGCACAGACUGAACUCUGUACCGUCCUGGGUGCUUUAGAGGGGCUCUAUGUGCCGAUCCAAUUACGUGAGGAUGUGCCUGAGAAGAAGAGCCUCAUUUCCAAUCUGUCACUGUUUAUUGACAAUCCCCGGGCCGAGGAUAUUAUACGAGAGGCUUUGGUCCUGGAGUCGGGUCGUUUUGUAGCUCGUGAUAUUGGCGUUGGUGAUCCGGAGCGCAUGGCCCCACCUCGAGUGGAAGAGUAUCUCAAGCCGCUACUGUCCAAUCUGAAGGUAACGGUCAUUAGCGACGUUGACACCAUCACAAAGGAAUAUCCCCUGUUUGCGGCUGUCAAUCGCGCUGCUAACGCGGUCGAUCGUCACAGGGGACGCAUCAUCUUUGCCGAAUACGUGCCCCCCAAACCUGCGCGCAAGACACUUAUGCUGGUGGGCAAGGGUGUGACCUACGAUACGGGUGGCGCUGACAUCAAGGCUGGCGGUGUGAUGGCCGGCAUGUCACGGGACAAGUGCGGGGCUGCCGCCGUAGCCGGCUUCAUGCAGAUUGUCAGCGAGCUGAAGCCCGAUGACAUUCAUGUGAUCGGCGCGAUGAGCUUGGUGCGCAACUCUGUGGGCGAGGAGUGCUACGUCGCCGACGAGAUGAUCAAAUCGCGUUCAGGCGUUCGCAUUCGCAUCGGCAACACCGAUGCCGAGGGCAGGAUGUGCAUGGCCGAUGUACUAUGUCGUAUGAAAGAACUUGCCGUUGAGGGUAAUCUACCCGAUCCUCAUCUGUUCACCAUUGCCACGCUCACUGGCCAUGCUUGGCUGUCUGCGGGCGAGGGUCAGAGCAUCAUUGUUGAUAAUAGUGUCGCACAAUUGGACGAUCAUGCCCGUAAGCUGCAAACUGCUGGCCAGUGCUUUGGUGAGCCCUUCGAGGUGUCGGUGCUGCGUCGUUGCGACUUUGACGCAAACGACCCCAAAACCAUUGGGGAGGAUCUGGUGCAAGCGAAUAAUGCGCCAUCGGUGAAAACACCACGUGGUCACCAGAUGCCCGCUGCAUUUAUGAUCAAGGCUGCAGGCCUAGAUAAAUACGGUGUGGAGUCGCCGACCCCACUGAAGUACACCCAUCUGGAUAUUGCCGGCAGCGCCGGAGAGUAUCCAUUUAUGCCCACUGCGGCACCCAUUGUGGCGCUGGUGAAGACUCACCUCCUUAAUUAGGCCGACCGCGUUGCAUUUAGAAAAUAUUUUACUUAAAUACGUGUACUUAUCCCUCCUUCUUUGCAUCACACUGCGCCCAAUGUACUUAUACAUGUGCCGAAAUUUUUAAAAUCAAUAAAAACAUGUUCAUAUAUUAA